UCUUGUAGUCCACCCAAGGAACAAUAUCUGCACGGAGUGACUUGCAGACCGGAAGUUUGGUGGUUGAAGCUUGAAGUGCGUGUUAGAAAGGGGAAGAGGAGAAGGACGAGGAGCUCUCCAGCUCGUUGAGUUUCCCCAUCAUAAAGAUGUUGAAAUCAUCCAGAGGUGGGUUUUGGGAGGAGCUCUUCAUUGUCUCCGGCAACUUCGGAGCGCAAGUCAUGUAUGGAGUGUAUAUGGUGUUCUUGACUGGCGUCUUCGCGGCCGGCGUCAACCCGUUGUUCCUCGUCGUCUUCGGAAACUUGGUCACCGCCGUCGUCGUCCUCCCCUUCGCCGUAGUUCUCGAGAAGAAGAAGUGGCCGCGCAAGUUGAGUGCUACUCUGUUAUCCCAUUUCUUUCUGCUCUCCUUAGGAGGGGUAACCAUAUUCCAAGCUCUGACAUUGGUGGGAAUCAAGAAAGCUUCUCCAGAUAUUGCCUCUGCAAUGCCUAACCUGGCUCCUGGCCUCAUCUUCAUCAUUGCAGCCUGCCUCAGGUUUGAGAAGUUCGACGCAUGUUGCUGGUACAGCAGAGCCAAGAUCAUGGGAACCUUGGUGUGCUUGACUGGGGCUAUGGCCAUGUGCUUCUUGCAAACCCCAUCUGAAUCACCUAGUUUAACAUCUAAUCUAUCAGCUAUCUUGUCCAAGCCCUAUACAUUGGACAAGGCCAUCUACAGUGACUGGAUGCUAGGCUGCUUCUAUCUCUUAACAGGGGUUGUGUUCUUAUCUUGCACCACUGUUUUGCAGGCUGCAACUAUGGUUGAAUUCCAAGCACCUUUAUCUCUGGUUGUAGUGACCUCUGUGAUGGGCUCCCUUCUCACUGCACUGUGGCAAAUCAUAAGUGAAGGCAACAUCAGUGUUGGUCCUUCCACCCUAAGCAUUGCAAGAAUUGUGGGAGUUGUCCUGCUGGGUGGAGUUCUGGUGGGUGUAUGUGUUGCAUUCCAGACAUGGUGUAUCAGUAAGAAGGGUCCAGUUCUGGUUGCCAUCUUUAGCCCCAUUCAAACAGUCAGCACUGUUGUUCUUUCAGCUGUACUCUUGAGACAGAUGAUUACUGCUGGAAGCCUGGCAGGAAUAGUUCUCAUGUUUGCAGGACUCUACGUCGUCUUAUGGGCAAAGAACAAUGAAGAUUUCACUACGGUCGAUGUCAAGGAUGACCCGCAGCCGCAUGUUGAAGAUGUUGAGAAGCCACUACUGUCUUGAAUGUGAUCUGUUGUUGGCCAAUUCAAUGCAAGUAGAAAUAGUGAAGGAUGUAUACGAAAUGGCUGAAAAGAUGCAUACUAUAGCUGAGCCUGUAAUAAAGUCAAAGAUCUAUCAAAUUUCAAGGGAAAAGAGAAUGGAAUU